UGUUUAUUAUUAACCCGUCUCUUCGUGUUUUUCGGAGAUAAACCCGUCUCGACAUAGAAAGAAGAGAGUUUUGCAAGAGAGAGAGAGACGGGAGGUACCAUUGGAAUAUUCAGAAAGAGUAACUGUAUAAUAAUAAUAUAAUGGAAGAAGUGAAAAAGGAUGAUAAUCUAAAGCUUGUACAAGAAAGAAUUGAGCGUGAUCCCACUGCUCACAGGAUCCUAUCGUCGAAGGCACAAGAAUCUGAACUCCAAUGUGAACAUGCUACAUUGCAAACUAAGGUUGAUGAGUUUGACCAACUACUGCAAAGAGGCAAAGAGGGAAACCUUUUGGACCAUACUUUUAGGGAUUCCACUGAGAAGCUUCAUUCUGCAAAGAGGGAACUUGCAGCUAAGCUGCGGUCAACUCUGUCACUGAAACGGCUGCUCGAGUAUGUGCCAUCACAAGCUGAACUCAUUCAGUAUGAAUUCCGUUUUUCAGAACUUUAUACUGAUAUCCAGGCCAAGCAUUGUCAAACCCAUAAAUACUAUGCUACUUACAACAUAUUGUUGGAGAUAAAAGAAUUGAUGCUAAAGGAAACAUCUUUACUGAAUUCCAUAAGCUCACAGUUUAAAGGUGCUCUUACUAGCCCUGCUGGUCGAAGGAAAUUGAUUGAUUCCAUGGAAGGAAUUCUGCACGGGACUCAACAGAAGCUGGAAAAGGUGCAAAUUGCUCUACAGUCGGAGCAGAAAGCUCGUGAAGCUCUCAAGGGGAAACAUGCAGCUGCUGUUUCAGAGCAAAGACAUUACAAUUCUAUCUUAAAAGCUUUCCAGGUGGAAUGUGCAAGGAAUGAGAGACUUCGCUUGAAGAAUUCACAAGAACAUUUACCAAGUUGAUAUUUAUGUCUGGUCGAAGAAGUGUUCCAUUCUACAAGAAAUCCAACGGAUGGCUACUGGGUUUGAGUACCUUCAAUUGUUUGUACUAUUUAUCUUGUUAUACU